CAUCAGCAGCUUGGCACGACGUGCCGGACCCCCGGGGUGCUCACCCGGGAGGGAGCUGGGUGCUGUGGGGCGCAAAGCAAAACGCCCUCCUCAUCCUCACAUCCCUUGCGCAAAGCCCACGGGCACGUUGAGCUUUUUGGGGACCCGGGGGCCGGCCACCAAGGAGAACGCAGGGCCUCGGGACCCCUCUUUGGGGUGUCACGGCCACCCUUGGAGCAGGCUGGGUGCAGGGGACCCCUCCAGAAGAUGAGUUUCCUCCCUCCUCACUGACGACAGAUGCCGCCGGGGGCCGGGCGCGGCGGUGGGGCGGCGGGAUGCCACGGCUGAUGGCCCCUCGCCGGAGAUAGGUUGCCCGGCUGCCCCCACGCCGAGAGACCCCCGGCCCCCCCCCUACACCCCCCACCCCCCGGCCCUGGCGCUGUGGCCAUGGAGGGCACGUCGGUGCUCAGCCCUUCCUCGUGGCAGAAGAGACGUGCGUGGGCCCGGCAGAGCCGGUGCUGGAGGACCACCGUGGUGGAGGAGGAGGCGGCCGCUGCCAUGCAGGACGUCCCCGAGCUGCAGCCACCCCACCUAGACGACGUCUUCCUCGAAGGAAGCCCCUCCAGCAAGAUAGAGACGUGGCUGCAGGAAUGUGGGUCAUCCGUGGAGGUCCCGCCGGAGGAGCUGGGCUUGCCAGGCCCCUAUGCGUGUGGGAGCAACGGGACCAGCUUCGAGGAUGACCUGACCCUGGGAGCUGAAGCUCUUCUGCUACCGGGGAGCAACAAGGUCACGGGCAGGGUCCUGCGGGAGAAGCACCUCAGCCUGGGGCACAGCAUGGCAUCCAGCGCCCUCUCCAGCCUCACCACCAAGACCAGUUCCAGCAUCUCCGAGGUCCUGGAGUGGUGGCAGGCGGACGCCGAGGAGAUCCUCUACAACCUGGGCUUCGUGCAGAGCGAGCCGGGGGCCGUGGCCCGCGUCCCUGCGCGCUUCUUCUCGGCUCCUUCCCGGGCCAGGGGCAUCGACUUCCAGCUCUUCCUCAAGGCCCAAGUGCGGCGCAUGGAGAUGGAGGACCCCUGCCUGAUGCUGGCCAGUCGCUUCCAGCAGGUCCAGGCUCUGGCCGCCACGGCUGACGCUUUCUUCUGCCUCUACUCCUACGUCUCGCGGACCCCCGUGCAGCGCAUCUCCCCCUCCCGUCUCUCCUGGGCUUGUCCCGAGGUCCCCGACAUCCGCCUUACCCCCACCCAACCCAGCACCCUCUCGCCUGUGGAGCGCCUGAAGAAAGCCGUGUCCACCAUGUGCCUCUACACGUCCCCACGGGACGAGGACAACCCACGGGGGACCGGCCGGGUGCCCACCGUCCCCCCCAGCCAGCCCAGCGCCCUGGGGAAGGUGGUGCAGGAGGUGUUGGAGCGGGCGAGGGAGGAGAAGUUUCGGUUCGACCCCACCGAUGUCCUCGAGGGCUGGGGAAGGGACGGGGACACGGCGCAGCAUCGGCGGGGAGCGGAGGGGGGUCCCCCAGCGCCCCGUGUCCCCGGGUGUCCCCAUCACGGUGGUGCGGCCCCCCCGGCGAGCUGCGGAGGGGAGGGGGAGCCGUCCCCCAGCCCAGCCCCAGCGGGGAUGUCGGUGGGUGCUGCACGGGGACACCUGGAGCGGUCCCGUCCCCAUGGCCGGGGGAGCGGGGACAGCCCUCGGGGGGUGGCUCGGGGGACUGGCGAUGCUCCGUGUCCCCUCGGAGCAGGACGGGUCAGCACGGAGGAGCGCCAGCCAGACGCUGCUGCGAACGUCACCUUGUCCCCAAUAUCAGCUCCCCCGGCCCCCCACGCCAGCUGGGUGUGGGUCACCCCUGAGCACCCAGAGGGGCUGGGGUCCGAGGGGGACUCCGGCUUCGGCUCCGGCUCCUUGGGGACCUCCCCCAGGAGGAAGGCAAGGUCCCAUGGGUGCCUGGGUGACCCCGGGGACCCCAGUGGGGCACGUUCCCCCGGCUCAGACACACCGAGAUCCGGAGGCCCCCGGGAUCGGCGGAGCAAGGGCCGGCGCCGGGGGGGCCCCUUGGAUGCACCAGGGUUGCAGCCCCCCAGGAUGGGCCCCUCGCCCCACCGUCCCAGCUGGCAGGACCCAGUGGACUCCUUCGAGAUGGAGGAGGUGCUGAGCGCCAGCGAGGAGGAGGAGGAGGAGGAGGAGGAGGAGGAUGGUGAUGCCCGCAGGGAAGCCGUCCGGUCCCUCCACUCCUCUGUCGGGGUGCGAAGAAGCUUCAUGCUGCACACCAGCAGCGGGCGGUCGGACAGCAGCGGCUUCGUGGAGGAACCGGUGCCAGACCACCCGCCCACGGCCCGGUUCCACGGCACCGACCAGGUGGCCUGAGGCCACCGCAGAGGGACCUGGGCUUGCUCCGGUACCGGUACCGGCAGGUAGCCACGGCUGGGGGCCGGAUGGCCCAGACCGGAUCGUCGUGUUUCGGACACGGAGACCAACCUCAGCCGAGGGCUGAGCACUGUGUGUACACCUGGGUGUGGGUGUGAGUGCACGCGUGGGUGUGGGUGCACGUGUGGGUGCAUGAGUGGGUGUGUUUGGCACAGAAAAACUUGUGACUCAGGACUUUUGGGGCACAGGCAUCCCCCCACUGUCCAAGCUGCCGGCGCUGGGGCUGCGGCUGCACCGUGGCAGCACCGGGGACGUCUGUCCCGGCCUGGGGCAGCACUGGGGACCUCUCCUCUGUCCCUGGGACAGCACUGGGGACCUCUCCCCCGUCCCCAGGACAGCACU